GUUCUUGCACAGUCAGUGAGGGGAAUGAUCUCUCUCGACUCCUUUUAUAAUGUUCAUUUCAGCUGUAACAAGAUGUACCCCGACGUUGUUUUUCACCUCCCUUGAUAUGUUUGCAGAACGCUGUAGCUGCCUUUGUUGCUUUUGUUUCCCGCGCUCUGUUUGUUUCGAUUCAAUCGAGGAAGCGCAUCCUAGAUGUAUGAAAAAGUCAAACAUUUUGACGACGUGCGAAAUAGCGACACCUGGUGGCGGCUGAAAACGGCAACCCCAAACCCCGCCUUUUCGCGCGCGCCUCCUUCGGUUUCGUUUCUCCGGAAAGCGAAAGGCGCGCGGCGGCGGCACCGAGGGAAGCGCCUCGCCAUGUCCGCGCUCGUGUCCAGCUUCGUCACCAAGCUCCUGUGCCAGAACCAGGGCUCUCUGGAGUUGGGGCGGCUGCGCGCCGUCACGCGCCAGUCCUUCACGGGGGCCGACGAGCCGCUCGCGCGCUUCCUGCGCGACGCGAACAGAUGCGUCGUCGCCGUCGCGGGUGAAGCGGGGAGCGCGCGCGCAGCCUGUCCUCCGGCCGCCGACAGCGUCGUGGUCGCGAGGACCGCGCUGCGCGUGUGCCAGAGGCCGGCGGCGAGCGGCGAGCACGAGUGCGACGAGCUGCACCUGUGCAGGUACUUCGUGUGCGGCCAGUGCAGGUACAGGAAUAAAUGCAAAAAUUCCCAUGACUUGAAGUCCAGCCACAACCUAGCAGUUCUGAAGAAAGAGGGGCUGCAAGACCUGCAGGACUCGGAAUCGGAGGUUUUCUGGCUCCUGCUUCAGAAUGACGACUACCUGCUGCCCGAGAUCUGCUCGCACUACAACAAGGGUAACGGCGAACACGGCUCGUGCAAGUUCAAGGACGGCUGCACCUCCCUCCACGUCUGCCUGCACUUCCUGCAAGGGGACUGCAAGUUCGGCACUUCCUGCAAGCGGGCCCACGCGUUCGACAAGAGCGCCACGAAGAUCCUGGAGGGCAGAGGCCUCAGCCGGGAGAACAUCCGCAAGCUGCAGAAGCUGUACAAGAACAAGUUCCUCAUCGCAAGCCAUAAACCAGGCGAACCGGAAGUUAGCAGGACAGAAAGCCAAGCGGCAAAACCAGCCUUGAGACAGCGUCCCAGACGGUCGUCGAGCUCUUCGGCCUCUGAAGCGGAGAGCGGUGAAAUUUGCCUGUUUUUCGUUCGCAAGCACUGCAGCUUCAAAGAGAGGUGCAUCCGCGUCCACUACCACCUGCCGUAUGAAUGGCAAGUGUUGGACGCAGAUGGCGCAACCUGGAGAGAUCUUCCUGAUGCGGAGGAUGUCGAGAGGGCCUUCUGCAAUCCGGGAAACGACGCGAGUAAUGGAGUCAGCCCGGUGGACUUCGUCACCAUGACAUCCGGGGCGGCUCCUGUGCGCCGCCUCUCCACUGCCUCCUCUGUCACCAAGCCUCCCCACUUCAUGUUCACCACGGAGUGGCUCUGGUACUGGAGGGACGAGCAGGGCGGGUGGACGGAGUAUGGAUGCGAGGUUGACGGAAAGGCUGCAGCCAUCACGUCCCAGACGUUGGAGAAUUUGUAUUUAGCGGACGCGGAGAACGACAUUGACUUUGAAAUAGCCAAUCAGCAGUACAGGCUCUUCUUCAAAGGGAUGUAUCAGCAGAACAUCAGGUACAAGACGAAAAGGGAGGUGAGACGCAGGCCUCGCUUUGUUUCGGCUCGGCAGGUGCAGAGCAAACUGAAGAGUGGGAGUACAGACUCUGGAAGCAUUUGCGUUCCUCCCCACUGGGACCAGGGUGCUCUGCCGGACUUCACCUACAAGCUCGUUCACCUGAAAAACACUGCGAUGGAGUUCAGACAGGUGGAGCAGCUCUUCAAACAAACCAUGCCUCACAGCACCAUCUACAGCAUCCAAAGGAUCCAGAAUACUUCUCUCUGGAGGGUCUUCCAGUGGCAGAAAGAGCAGAUGGAGCAGAAGAGCAAGGGCAAGACGGUAGAUGAGAGACUCCUGUUCCAUGGCACUGAUCCUUCGCUGAAGGAAGCCAUCUGCGAGCAGAAUUUUGACUGGAGGAUCUGCGGCGUUCAUGGGAUGAUGUACGGGAAAGGAAGCUACUUUGCCAGAGAUGCGUCCUAUUCGGACAGAUACUCCAAGCCCAGGGGUGGCACCAAGAUUAUGUUUGUGGCGCUGGUUCUGGUGGGGGAGUUCUGCAGAGGGAACAGCAGCUACCUCCGCCCUCCUGCCAAAGGCAUCAAUGGAAGCUUCUAUGACAGCUGCGUUGACUCUGAAAGCAACCCGGCCAUUUUUGUUAUAUUUGAGAAACACCAGAUUUACCCACAGUUCCUCAUCGAAUACUAUAGUGACGUCCUCGACUCGGAAAGGAGGCGCUGAGGCUCUUCUCUAAAAUGUUUGUACAUUCAAGGUGGGUUCCUCUGUCCUUCUCGUUGAGAACCUCUAUAAUUUUCUGUUCAGGCUUUAUAAGCCAUGAAGAUUGACAGCCUACUCUUAACUACUGAUUUAGACAUCAAAUUCAGGGAAAGGAUCAGAAAGUAAUCCAAAGUGUCUUAAUGAAUCUUGGUAACCGCAUUGUUCGCUGGCGAGGAGUCUUUCCAUGGAAGCCCUGGAACAUCUCCGUUUGUAAGUAAUUCUCCAGUAGGUCAUUAAAAAUUCUGCUGGACAAACUGGUUAAGUAAUACACAAAAUUAUAUAUGAAGAAGCAUUACAACUUUUUUUUUCUAUUUUUGUUAUUAUUAAAGCAGUCUUCACUAAAUACAUUUUGAGGGCUAUAAUCGCUUGUAAAGCUUGAUGUGUUCCGUGUUAGACAAUUUCUGGUGAAUUCAAAAGAAACAUUAACAGAGAACCUAUAAUAGCUUUUGUGUCCCAAAAAAAAGUAAUAAAACACAUUUUAAAACAUGCUCGUGCUGCCAGUACACAUUGUGUUUUCUGAUUUGUAAGUCUGGGCGAAUUUUUGUGCACUUUGCUUAACAACAGCAUUUUUUCAACUAUAAACCUGAGGACAAGAACUUACCAGAUUUUGCAAGAAUUAUAACAAUUUUGUUAGUCUAGUGCUGCUUCAAGGAUGUACUCAUUAAUGACCAUUAUUAUCUUAGAAUUAUUUUUGUCCUUACUGAAAGUUUCAUAAAGUAUAUGCAACACCUAUUGAAAGUAUUCACCCCCCCCCGGCUUGGACUUUUUCCAUGUUGUAUUGUUAACAACAGUGAAUCACAAUGGAUACAUUUAGACUUUUUUGACACUGACCAACAGAAAAAAAAAAUAUCAAAGUUAAAAUGCAUUUCUACAAAUUAAUGAAAAUAUAAGAAACAGAAUAACCGAAUCCAUAAGUAUUCACACCUCUAGUCAGUGUUUAGCAAAGGCGUCAGUGACAGUCUUUAGGCCGAUGGUACUAGUCUGUCAGUAUUUUCUGGAGGCACUGGAUGAACAUUAACUUAAUUCUGUUUGGCCAAGGCAACAGUGAUGAACUGCAUCCUUUCACAUUGACAGUGCCAUUGAUUAACCAUUCAUUCAUUUAUAUUAACCAAUCCAGCUGGUGGUUUAGCGCUUCGAGCUGCUGCCUUUGGCUUCAGAGGUCACGGCUUUGAAUCCCACCUCCUGCUGUCGUACCC